CUUUCCAACAAUUCAACAGCUCAAGGAACUACCAAGCAUUCUGCAGUACAAUGAGGAGAGCUCUACUUCCAUGCCUUCUCCUUGCUGUCACCGGAAUCCACCUCACCAGAGGCCAUACCUCCCAACCUGUGGCUGAAAGCACUGCACGCUUGGCAGGGGAUUUGUCCCGGGUUCUUUCUGUCUCCCGGAAAAAUGAGAACAUUCUCUAUUCUCCACUUGGAGUUUUGUUGGCCCUCGGGGCAAUCCACUUAGGAGCCAAGGGAAAAGCACGCGAUGAGAUCAGGCAACUUCUCAACCUGCAAGGAAAUGAUGCAGGUGAAGCCUUCAAGCCGCUUCAGACACUGUUCUCCGUCCCCUCAGAAGGAAAGGCAUUUACAUUUAAUCUUGCCAAUGCCCUCUACCUUCAAGAAGGAUUCAUGGUGAAAGAACAGUAUCUCCAUAGCAACAAGGAAUUCUUUCAGACAGCUGUAAAGCUGGUGAAUUUCCAAGAUACGAAAGCUUCCGCAGAGGCCAUAAGUACUUGGGUGGAAAACAAAACAGAUGGUAAAAUCAGGAACCUCGUGGCAAGUGGAGACCUUGGUCCCUUGACUAGACUUUUGCUGGUGAAUGCCCUUUUCUUCAAAGGGGACUGGAAGCAGACGUUCAAAGCAGAGGACACCAGUUGGAUGCCUUUCACUAAAAGUGACGGUUCGGUGACUGAGAUACCGAUGAUGCAUCUUCAGCUCAAAGCAAAGCUUGGUCAUUUCUCUGACCAUAAUGUGAGCUACCAAGUCUUGGAGCUGCCGUACAAAGGAGAGGAAUUCAGUUUCGUGCUGAUCCUUCCAGCAGAAGAUGUGCCUAUAGAAGAGGUCGAGAAACUCAUUACAGCCCAGCUGAUGAAAAGCUGGUUUGCUGAGAUGGAAGAGGAUGAGGACAUAGAAAUCAGCCUUCCCAGGUUUAAAAUAGAGCAAAUGGUGGACUUGAAAGAGAUUAUCCAGCCUCUCAACGUUACUGAGAUUUUUAAUAAUGGCUGUGACCUUUCUGGAAUAACAGAUUCUGCUGAUGUCCACAUUUCUAAAGCCAUUCAAAAAGUCUGUUUUGAGCUGCAUGAAGAUGGGAGUGAAGCAGCAGCGUCUGCUGGCAUGCAUUUGACAGCAAUCAUGAGCCUGUCCCGCAAGCAGGUUGUGGCAAACCAACCAUUCCUCUUUAUCCUGAGACAUAACUCGACAGGGUCCAUUGUAUUUAUGGGGAAGCUGGCCAAUCCUGACACGCAGUCGCAAAAGAGAAGAGACAGAGACUCUCUUUGA